AUGCUUCAACGGCAAGACUCUUUCGCUGACGUAUCUGAUUCAGCCAGUGAUUACAAGCUUGAUGUGAGAAUCUCAGACUGGCUUGACGAGAAUGAGUUGUCCGAGUUCAAGGACACAUUCAAUAAGGAGCAAGUUAUCUUGCAGCAACUAGCCGGGAAACAUGCUGAUAGGGAGCUGGCGGAAAUGGGAAUGAAAAAUUUGAAGGAUAGGAUGAAAACUAUCUCAUUUGCUCGGAAAGCCCUUGAAGCAGAUACAUCUUCGCAAGGAGUGGUGGAUGAUGCUUUAUCAGAAAUCAUCGACGAACUUUGGAAUGAUUGUGCUGAGUCCAACGGAGACUCUGAUGUUUCCAGCAUGCAACAUGAAAGUAGGAAGGUGAAGAGCAUCACACAGUAUUUGUUCAACGAAAAACGUUUCGUGGAGAAUUCUGCAGAGGUCUCGCAAAGAGGUCCCAAGGAGGACCAAAUCCUGAAUAGACUGAAAUUCCUCGAAGAAUCCCUUCAAGCAUUGCAACACGGGAAUCAAGUCCAGACGUCUGAGAUGUUGAGAGUCCCAAAAUUGGACAAGCAUCUCUCAAAUAGCGCUGGGAUCGGUAUCCGGAUCGAUGCUGAUGAAAAUGGAAUAUACAAAAUCAUCGGGAUGAAGGCAGGUGGCCCUGCCGACCGAGCGUUCCCAGCCCUUCAAAAUGGAGAUGCAAUUCUGAGCAUCGACGAUCAGCCGAUAGCUGGCAAGUCAAAGCAGGAGUUGUUCGACUUGUUCAAAGGGCUGCCUGGCAGCCAAGUGUCCCUGGAGGUCAGGAAAGAUGGAAAAGAUGCACAGGAAUUCACCAUCAGGCUUACUAGAGAGUGA